GCUUGUGUGUGUGUGUCUGUGUGUGUGUGUGUGUGUGUCUGUGUGUGUGCGUCCACGUGAUGCUGAAAAAUUGGGGCAAAAAAUGUGUAAACUACAGAGUUAAAUCUAUUUUUAUAAAUAUAGUAUCUGUGGUUUUUCCUGUUAAAUAUAUUAGUCACUGGGACACAAAUAUUUCCUGAGAAUGAAAGUAUUAUAUAAAGCAGUGACUGUUGAUUAUGAAACACACAGUCAGACAUAACAUUUUCGUUCAUACAUUCAACAUGAACACCAGAACUAUCACAUAAGCAGGCAGAACACUGAAUAAUAGGCUACAAUGUAGCAAUUUAAUAUUGUAUACUGUAAAAAAAAAAAAAAAAAAAAAAAAAAAAACAGCAUCAGUGUCCAUCUACUAAUAGCCUAUUACAAUAAUUUUAUACAUUUUAUACGAUUUCAUAAUUUUUUUAACAAGUUUUCAUUACAUAUUUACAAGAUUUUAAAGUUUCAACACUAAUUAAAUUUGAAGCGGUCUAAAAAAAAAACAAUAAAAUUAAAUGUGAAUUAAAUAUACGCUAAAAUUAAUCGUCUUGCUAUAGCAACGUGUGACCACUUAUGCAUCUUACGCAAUUAAAAAUCCCACCUCAUUUUUACAGUUUUAAAAUGAUGCUAAGUUAAUUUGUUAGCUUGUGCAUGUUCUUCUUUAAAUUGCACAGAUACUCUUUUGCAUUGCGUAACUUUGCACUAUCGAGCGCAAAGUCAGAGGCGGUGCUUUACAUUCACAAGCACGAGCAGAGAGAGACCCACCAGAGGCUCAAUCAAAACCACCUCAGCAUGAUCCACGGGAAUGCGCACAGUUCAGUCAUGGGCAAACUUCACUUAUCUGAAGGAAUAUCGAGAAAACCUGACCUCACCGCAAUGACUGUUGGGAGAAAGUCGUUCUUGGAGUUGAUUUUUGAUGUAUAAGGUAAGUUUGGAGCGUCAAAAUGAGGAUUUACCUACUUGAAGGAGAUAAACUCGAAUUAUCUCUCUCACUUACCGUGUAAACGCGCACAGCAUGAGGGACGCGUGCCAAAACUUAAAGAAAACUUCACUGACAUGCGAGAGAGUUCAUUAAAACCAAUGAAUUUCCUCGUGGAUAAGCCGGUCGUGGCCCUCACAAGUGUACACUGAUGCCAGAGAGCCGCGUGCAGGAUGAAGGUGUGUAACCGUGGAGUGCAGAUGCUCCUCACCACGGCGGGGGCUUUUGCGGCCUUCAGUCUGAUGACCAUCGCGGUGGGAACCGACUACUGGCUGUACUCGCGCGGCGUCUGCAGAACCAAAAGCGUGAAUGACAAUGACACGAACCGAAAGAACGAAGAGGUACUUACGCACUCUGGGCUCUGGAGACAGUGCUGCAUGGAAGGCGUAUUUAAGGGGGUUUGUAAGAACAUUGAUCAUUUCCCAGAGGACGCAGAUUAUGAGCAAGAUGCUGCAGAAUAUCUACUGCGUGCUGUGCGCGCCUCUAGUCUUUUCCCUAUAAUGAGUGUGGGACUGCUGUUCAUUGGUGGAGUGUGUGUAGCCGCCAGCGAGUUCUACAAGAGCAGACACAACGUCAUCCUGUGCGCAGGCAUCUUUUUUGUCUCAGCUGGUCUCAGCAACAUCAUUGGCAUUAUUGUGUACAUCUCGUCCAAUGCCGGCGACCCCAACCAGAGUGAGUCCAAGCGCAGUCACUGGUAUGGCUGGAGCUUCUACUGCGGCGCUCUUUCCUUCAUCAUAGCAGAGACUGUGGGGGUCCUGACCGUGCACCUGUUCAUCGACACGCACCGCGUGUUGAGAGCGCGUUCGCAUCGCACAUUCCAAACCAGCACGAAUUCCCUGCAGCAUCGCCGCUCGACCAGCUACCGUUCCCGCUACCGUUGGAGGCAGGGUCAAAACCGCUCGUCUGACUCCCGAUCUCGCGAACCCUCCCCUGGCCGUCACGGGAAUGACCUCGGGCUGUACGCCCUGGGACGCGGGCUUCCACCUACAGCUACUAACACACUCGCGCGCAACUCCCUCAGCACUAGCCAUGGUUUUGCACAUUUUCAUAACUCUGUCAUUGUUAAUAACAGCUUUGCAAAUCCUCACGUUGUCACCAUGCAGAACUCUGUGAAAUCAGAAAGAGGGCUUCCGCACAUACAGAACUCGCUGAGCACUGAGAAAGGGUUUGCACAUGGACAAAAUUCAGUCAAGCCGGAAAAUGGAGUCAUGUUGUCGCAGAACUAUAAGCUCAACUCAGUAAAUCCCAGUAAAAGCGCAGCGCACGUGCAAAAUUCUGGGAAUGACAUUGCACACAUGCAAAAUGCUGUAAAAGAGCCCUCAUAUGCGUCUCAAAGUGGGACAAGAAGAACAACUCCAGUGUGAAAAGAAAUGGUUUAAGAACUCUGCUGCUAUUUGAAAAGUUAUAUGAUGCUAUAUGAAAUGUCUGAGUGAAGAUUAGCUAUUACCUUCACUGAAUAUGUGCAUAUUAUGUGCUUUUAGCUUUACGUACUAAAGUAUGGAAGCUUGUUUUCGACAUGUAAUAAAAAAUAAAAAAGGUAAUUGCGACUUUUUCUCUCACAAUUCUCACUUUUUAUUCACAAUUGUGAAUCUACAUCUCACAAUUGUGAGUUAUAAAGUCAGAAUUGCGAGUUAUAAAGUCAGAAUUGCGAGAAAAAAAGUUUAUAUCUCGUAAUUCUGACUUUUUUCUCAGAAUUGUGAUAUAAAUUUGCAAUUGCAUGUUAUAAUGUCCAAUUGUGAGGAAAAAAAAGACUGACGUUUUUUCUCAGAAUUGCGAGUUUAUAUCUCGGAGUUCUGACUUUAUAAGAUGCAAUUCUGACUAUAUUGUGAGUUUAAAUCUUGUAAUUCUAUGGAAAAAAGUCAGAAUUGUGAGAUAAAAUGUCGCAAUUACCUUUUUUAUUUUUUUAUUUAGUGGUGGAAACAAGCUUCCAUACUAAAUGAAGUGGUUGACUGAAAAAAUGGUGCUGUUUAUUGUCCCUCUGCUGUCUUUAUGCAGAAGAGAACAUGCUACUUUGUCCUUGUA